GGAAAGCAACAAAUGGAGUCAAAUACUACUUCUGUGAUUGAAGAAUUAUUUUCAAAUAUUUGUAACAAUAAGACUCAAUGGAUAACUAUUGUGAUUGUUUCAGCUCUGGUGUGGAAACUAUUGAGGAACUUAUAUCAAGUAGUUUAUAGUGCUGGUGGAAUUCAUUAUGUUAAUACUGAAAGAAGUCCUAUGAAAAUGACAGCAUGUCACAAUCCAUUCUUCUUUGAUUUGAAUGUCAACAAAUCAAGUUAUUCAGGUGUGGAAUGUACUCUGAAAUCAGAAAAAGAUUGUUACAUAAGAGUAUUUUGGGGUGUUCCUAUCUAUCUCUUAUUUGAACUUCUAAAUAGAAGUUGGUGUGAUAUGAAGUACUCUAUAAUAACAUGUGUACAGGAUGAUAGCUUCAGUAAGAAAUGCAUUUGCUACGACAUUCCUCGUCUAUUGCAUGCUGGUGAGGAAAAAAAUAUGUACUUCAAACCAGGCUGGAAUGUUGAUAGCUCAGCUUUUGAAUCACCUGAAGCUCACACACGUCAAAUUUAUCCAUUUGUUGUUAUCAUGACAUUGAUGAAAGAUGUUGAUAUGGAGCCUAGUUUAGUGGUGACAAUGGCUAAUGUUGUGCAUGUUCCUGAUAAGGUGCUUAAGCUUCAAUCACAACUGAUUGGACAAUAUGUUAAACUUUCUUCUGGCCCUGUUGGUUUGAUAAAGAAUAUAUUUUUAUCUUCACCUGCAACUUCAUCCAAUGGUGGUAUAACGACAGAUUUAUGCAUAGCAUGCUAUCAUCGAGCUGUUUCUCUAGUUUUAUUGCCAUGCCGUCAUGCUUGCCUUUGUGCUGUUUGUUUUGAAUUUUGUGAAACAUGCCCAAUUUGUCGAGGUCCUGCCAACUUCUAUUUUGAACUAUCCACUGUGCCUCGACAAUAAGUAUGAAGUUCUUCUUGAUCUGAAUG